CUGAAAGGACCACAUAGCUCCUAGUACAGCAAAGAGCUUCUCCUUCUGCAAGGCAUUUGCUGGACUCCUUACUUUGAAUAACAUGGCAGAGAAGGAUUUCAUCAGUUGGCAUCUGCUGGCUUUAUUUUUUCUUCCAUUUUGCCUGUGUCAAGAAGAAUACAUGGAGGUGAGCAGAAGAUCUUAUAAACCAGUGGCCAAAGUCUUGCAAAGUCACCACCAGACUGGCCCUAAAAGUUCCAGAAGCAGGGAAAUAUUGAAUCAGCGGAGACAACUUAUAGAGUGGACUGUUGAUAAUAGCACUUCUACAGACCAAAAAGUCCUGAGAUCAGAGGUAGAUGAUGUAGAACUGACUACCUCAGAUAGAGUCCAGCCCCCACAAACUGGACCGCAGAACCCAGACUGUAGUUCCUGCUGCCGUGGUGACUUUGGAGUUCGACUCUACCAAGGGCCUCCAGGACCUCCUGGCCCCCCUGGGAUGCCAGGAAAUCAUGGAAACAAUGGAAAUAAUGGAGCAACUGGCCAGGAAGGAGCUAAAGGCGAGAAAGGAGACAGAGGAGACAUGGGACCAAGGGGAGAGCGUGGCCAUCACGGGCCCAAAGGCGAGAAGGGUUACCCUGGGGUUCCCCCAGAGCUACAGGUCGCAUUCAUGGCUUCCAUGGCUACUCACUUCAGCAACCAGAACAGUGGGAUCAUCUUCAGCAGUGUCGAAACCAAUGUGGGGAACUUUUUUGAUGUCAUGACUGGAAGAUUCGGUGCCCCGGUGAACGGGGUCUAUUUCUUCACCUUCAACAUGAUGAAACACGAAGAUGUGGAGGAAGUGUACGUGUACCUGAUGCACAAUGGUAACACAGUUUUCAGCUUAUAUAGCUAUGAAUCAAAAGGGAAGGCAGACACCUCAGGAAACAGUGCAAUCCUAAAACUCGCCAAGGGAGAUGAAGUUUGGCUGCGAAUGGGAAAUGGAGCCCUCCAUGGAGACCAUCAACGCUUCUCCACCUUUGCUGGGUUUCUUCUUUUUGAAACCAAGUAGAAAAAGAAAAAAAAAAGAAAGAAAAAGAGAAAGAAAUAACCCCGUAGAUGUUUAUCUAAGGAAACUUCUUUUUUUGGAGCUGGUAUUUUUCUCUGGACUGUGGAAGAGCAGUAUAACAUUGAAAGAUCAGGGAGGCUCGUUUUGAUGCAGGGUGUUGUUAUUUGUAUUUCAGAGGUGAGCUGAAUGCAUUGGGUAGUUGACACAGGCUCACAGAAGUUGCAUUGUCAUCUGGGUUAUGUCUAGAGAGUUGAUACAUGUUCCUAUCACUCUUCUCUCCAAAGUGACUGAAAAACAAAGGAAAAGGAGUUUAAAUAAUUUAGAAAGCAGUUUGUGCAGAACAGUCAACUUUGUCUGUAAAUAUACUUAAGUAUACGUCAGAAAUGGAACAAUUUAAUUCAAGUCCUUAUUUUCAUUUAUUCAGUUCUUAUUGCACAUUUAUUUAAGUUUGCAUCAUGGAAACAGCCCAGAAAGGAAUACACUCAGGCUCAGCUGAGACCAGAUUUAAAAGAAGAAGUUUCUACUGGACUAGAAUGAAUUAAAAUAUAAUGUGAAAAUAAAGAUGUCGAAAGAUUCAGGUCUACUGUGUUCCCAUCUCAAACCUCUGCAGAUGUAUGUGGUGUCAUUUUCCACAGAUUUUUAGUAAGUAUUUAUGUUCACUCUCUUUAAAAAAAGAGUGGUAGUAAAUUCUGCCUUAGUAGCAGCCUGAAGCCGUUGAGGGGAUCAGGCAGGGGAUCUGUAAUGUUUCCUCCUAAUACUCAAAGUGUUAAAACCUGAUGUCACUGGAUGCAAAAUGUUCAGAGACAAUGUUGGAGAUGUUGGGGAUAUACCAACAGCACAGUCUUUGUGGAGUUAGGAGCUCUUUAAGGAUGUACAUUUUAAUAUUGUGUAUUUACUUAACAGUGAAGUUGUUGAUACACGUUUCCUAGCAGCCUUCCAAGAACCAGCAUUUCAGGAAAAGACACCGCAGCCUGGCAAAGCAGCUGCUAACUCAGUCCAAUAUUUAAGCAAGCACAAGUGCUGGCUGGCUCUGAAGCUCCAGUCACAGCAAACCAGGCAAUUCUUCAGCAUUAACAUUUGCCACCAGCCUUUCAAAUUAUGGAUACCUGAAAGCCUGCUUGGUUAUCUUCAUCAGAAUCAGCACCAAAUAGAGGUAAGACAGUACUGAAGUAUGAAAGUAUCAUUUGCAAGUUCUGUCUCUCCACAUACAAGUUAAUGAAGUAUAAAUUACAUUUUAAUAGACAUUACCUUUCAACCAGGCAUUACUUGCCCUUACUUUACACACUAGUGGAGUUAGAAAACAUCUAUAGGAAACCCUUUUAUACUGCAUACAGAUAUCAAUAGUACAACAAUAGAGAAAAUGAACAAAAAUGCCCUAUGAAUUUGCAUGCCCUAUGUACACACGAUGUAAAUCACAUCUUGUGAUGAAAAAUGCAUACUGGUACUUGAUGAUUAUGACAUUUUGAGUUUUAUGCAUCAACCACUGAAAAUACUAGCUUUAAUGAAGUUUGAUUGUUUCUUGAUGAGCUUGGGUCAGGUUUGGAACACAUCAGUUUUCAAAACCUGGGGCCACCUUAUUUUAACGAGCAUUUCAGUGAAAUUCUGGCAUGCCUCCAAACUAAAACUCACUAGGUAGUCAGAUAACACUGCUCUUCUAGAAUAAGUGCACAAGUUGUAUGAGAUGCACAGCAUUGUGAGAUAAUGUUCACAGUAGCAAAAAUCUCAAAAAGUAUUUCUUGUUGUGUUAGGAAGUUUUGCUUACUUUGUAAAAAAUACAUUUACCCAAUAAAGGUUAAUAAUCAUAAAGCUACA